ACAGCUCUCGGUCACGUCGAGUGGCCGACAGGAGCCUUCAAAAGCUCGCUUGCUGCAGGGUCCUUGUGACUGGGAAGUGCGCGGGGAAAGGCUCUUCGACUUCUCCCUGCCUGGGGAACCGCAGCGGGGAGCGGAGGGCUCGGGGCCGCGCGCGUCGCGACGCGGGAAGGAGCGCCGACUGCCCGGCGUGAGUGCGCGGGUCUCCGGGAGCCGCGCGGGCGUCUCGGGACGCGGGGAGCGCAGGGCGGCUGGUCUCGGGAGCUCGCAGCACGCGGAGGACGGGAGCGCCGUGGAGUACGAUUGGGUUCAGGCGCAGACGGAAUGAUGGGUGCCAUGUGGAAGGCGACUGUUUUGUUGGUCCUGUUGAUAUUCAGCCCUGGCGGUGAUGGGCUGUUUCACUCUGUAUACAGAAAUGUCCGAGUGUCCAUACCACAGAAGGGAGAUGCAGGACAGCCAUUGUUUCUUACUCCCUAUGUUGAAGCUAGGAAACUCGCAGAAGGGAGACAAUUGAGUUCGGUCGCUCCUUUCUCAGGAUCAAAUGUGGAGAGUUACGCCGGCUACCUCACCGUGAAUAAGACUUACAACAGCAACCUUUUCUUCUGGUUCUUUCCGGCUCAGGGAGAUCCACUGGAAGCUCCAGUAGUUCUUUGGCUGCAGGGUGGGCCGGGAAUUUCAUCUAUGUUUGGACUCUUUGUGGAACAUGGACCUUAUGCUGUCACACAAAACAUGACUCUGCAUGCCCGAGAUUUUACUUGGACCACCACGCUGUCCAUGCUUUACAUUGAUAAUCCAGUGGGCACCGGCUUCAGUUUUACAGAUGAUCCCCAGGGAUAUGCCGUCAAUGAGGAUGACGUGGCCCGAGAUUUGUUCAGUGCACUAAUUCAGUUCUUCCAGUUGUUUCCUGAAUUCAGAAAGAAUGACUUUUAUGCCACUGGGGAGUCGUACGCAGGGAAGUAUGUGCCAGCCAUUGCACACUAUAUCCACACGCUCAAUCCCAUGAUGUCGGUGAAGAUCAACCUGAAAGGAAUUGCUAUUGGAGAUGGAUAUUCUGAUCCGGAGUCGAUCGUAAAGGGCUAUGCCUCAUUCCUGUACCAAAUUGGCUUGUUGGAUGAGAAGCAGAGAAAGUAUUUCCAGAAGCAGUGCGAUGAGUGUGUGAAAUACAUCAAGGAGGAGAAGUGGUUUGCAGCCUUUGAAGUAAUGGAUAAACUGCUAGAUGGUGACUUAACAAACGACCCUUCUUACUUCCAGAAUGCUACAGGAUGUCCCAAAUACUAUAACAUUUUACAGUGCACGGAACCUGAGGACCACAGUUACUUUGGGAAAUUUUUGUCCCUCUCAGAAGUGAGACAAGCCAUCCAUGUAGGAAACCGGACUUUUAAUGAUGGAUCCAAAGUUGAAAAGUACUUGCGAGAAGAUAUGUUAAAGUCGGUUAAGCCAUGGUUAACUGAAAUCAUGAAUAAUUACAAGGUUCUCAUCUACAGUGGCCAACUGGACAUCAUCGUGGCUGCUCCCCUGAUGGAACGCUCCUUGAUGGCCAUGAAUUGGAAAGGAUCCUCGGAAUACAAGAAGGCAGAAAGACAAGUUUGGAAGAUCUUUAAAUCUGAUAAGGAAGUGGCUGGUUACGUGCGGCAAGUGGGUAACUUCUGUCAGGUCAUUGUUCGAGGUGGAGGGCACAUUUUACCAUAUGACCAGCCUCUGAGAUCUUUUGACAUGAUGAAUCGAUUCAUUUAUGAAAGAGGAUGGGAUCCUUACUGAUGGAUAAGCUCCUUUCCGAAAAGACAACGUUAAGGGUUUUAAUCUUUGAAAAGAAAAAGAGUUUCUGUUUUCAAAAUGGAAAAUAGCAUAUAAAUAAGAUAAUUUUUUUUUCUAUCUGCAAAAUGUUUCUCAUCAAUAAAAAUUAUCCUUGAAACAAGCACGAUUCUGUUUGGGAGGGAGAGAUGGUACAUCACACAAUUAAAUUUAAGAAAAUGCUGUGCAUGAGUAAGGAUUACAUCUUUUAACUUAAAAGAUGGACAGAAUGGAUGCUGAGAUACCGAUUCAGGUAGAAAUGGAUAAAUGAGAUGUUGGGACCUUGACGACGAAUUUUAAAUUCCUUCUAAGAGUAUGUGAAAAGUGCAAUAAACGGAUAGAGCUGUAACCAUGUCUUGUUCUGUAAAUAACAGAACUUUGUCAGACCGUGCAUAUGCAGAUGUGUGGUAAAUGUUAUUGGUUAAGAAGAGCUGAGUUAGCACUCCAAAGAAAUGGGUGAAGUUAUAACAGUGGUGGGGAAGAGACUUGGAAAGAAUUCAUUGAAAUAGAAAUCUUAGAUGUAAAAGUAAUGAUGUACCAAUUGAUGAUA